UCUAUGACUGUGCAAAUUGAUCUCGACAACCCAAUUGGGUUGGGCUGUGCCUUAGAAGCUUUCAUGGAAGUAGAUGAAGUAAACCACAUGAUUGCUACCCUGUGUAAAGGAGAGACAAAUGCGACUGUUUUGGAAAACCUGGUCCAAAGAUUUGUCACAAUUGUAGAUUACUACCAAGAACAACCACAUUUACUAGACAGAACGCUUCCACAAUUCUUCAAAAGUCUCUUAGAUGUUGGCGUUAACCGAAAUUUGCCCGCAGUUUCGAGACAUCACGCGUUUCGUUUCAUGUACUAUUUGACCAAAACUAGGGGCUACAAAAAUGUGCUUAGAUUACUGCCCCAUGAAGUUGCAGAUUUGCCUAUUGCGUUAGAAAUUUUGCUGGAACAAGACGAGAAAGACAUGGAAAAUUGGGAAUCAAGAUAUAUGCUUUUCAUUUGGUUGUCAGUCAUAGUUUUGAUACCGUUCGAAAUGUCGAGGUUUGAUGGUACAGGGUCAUCAAUUUCGAAACAACUCUUAGAUGUUGGAUACAAAUAUUUAGCAGUUUCAGACGCCACAAGAGAUGCAGCUGCCUUUUUCUUGUCCAAAUUCACUACCCGUCCUGAUAUUGUAAAAAAGUAUCUGGGAGAAUUUUUGGACCAAUCAGUGAUCCGGCUGAAAAAUGAAAUUGAAACUACUACUUAUGCUAAUACUUUUCUGGUCAUAAGUGUUUUGCGUUGUUUGUCAUUGAUUUUUAAACACGGCAAACGCGACGAACUUGUAGGAUUUGCUUCCUUAUUAUACCAUAACAUCAAAGAUUUGGAUCUCCACAAUGACAAAAAUGUUCUAUACAGAAAAGGAUGCUGCAAAUUGUUUCACAGAUUAGGACUGGUUCACAUGAAGACAAAAGUUGUCACGUGGAGAUACAAAAAGGGAGCGAGGUCACUCAACGUCAAUUCUUUGACACCUGGAACAGUAUCUGGUGGGAUAAGUAGUGGUAGUUUAGAAAACAAAAUAGAAAAGGAUGGCUCGGGUGAUCACGUGGUUCCGAAUAGCGAGGAGUCUACGACCAGCGAAGAAGUGGAUGUUGAUUGUGACGAGGAGAUCGCUGAUGAAGUUGAGAUGGUUCUAAAUGAUCUGCUGAGUGCGUUUCUGAGGGAUCCCGAUACUACUGUGAGAUGGAGUGCGGCAAAAAGUAUCGGAAGAAUAACUGCACGAUUGCCUCUGGAUCUCGCCAAUGACAUCAUAGACACCGUUUUAGGAAAUUUUGACAACAACGAAAGCGAGCACACUUGGAACGGCAGUUGUCUCGCCUUGGCCGAGCUGGCACGCCGAGGAUUGAUUUUACCUGAGCGACUUCCCGAGUUAGUUCCAGUUGUUGGCAAAAGCCUGCAAUACGAAGUGCAGCGAGGGUUCCUUAGUGUUGGAUCUGGAGUCAGAGAUGCUGCUUGUUUCGUAGCAUGGGCGUUGCCGAGAACUUUUAGCAAGUCGGUUAUGUUGCCGUUUGUCGAAAAGAUUGCUUCCGACUUGGUUCUGGUCAUUCUGUUCGAUAGAGAGGUAAAUUGUCGGCGAGCAGCAUCGGCAGCAUUUCAAGAAAACGUCGGCAGACAUGGUAAACUACCUUACGGAAUUGAGAUUCUCACCCUGGCUGAUUAUAAUUCAGUAGGACGAAGAUCAGAUUGCUAUGUUAAACUGUCAGUAGAAAUUGCGAAAUUCAGCAAUUACGAGAGGAGUAUUAUUGAUCACGUAGCGCAGAAAAGAGUCAAUCAUUGGGACGAAGGGAUCCGCAUUCUGGCAGCGGACGCCCUUGCUGGACUUUGUUCUGUAAAUUCGAAGUAUAUACUGGACUCAAUUUUUCCAACAUUGGUCAAAAACAUGACGAGAAAUGAAUUGCAUUUCCGCUAUGGAUCCAUCAAAUCCACAGCAAGCGUUUUACUUAGCUUAUACUCAUUGGGAUUUUCGGCAAAGGAAAUUGUCAGCGAUGGUUUGCGUGCAAAAAUGAACGGCUUGAUUCCAACUUUAGAGAAAAACAACUUUUUGAAAGGCCUCGGAGGCGAAACAAUCAAACCUGUCGUAUGCGGAUUCAUUUCAAAAGUAUGUGAAACUAAUUUUUUUGACAGUGAGAAUCAAGACUUGCAAUCAACAUUAUUAAAUUUUUUGAUAUCUUGUGUCAAACACAAAAAGGAAGAAGUUCAAUCUGCAGGCGCAAAUGCAAUGUUGCAAUUUGUCUCGAGAUUCCCAGCUUGUAAGUCAGAAAUAUCUAAACUACUGCUGGAAGGUUUGGAAUGUAACGACGGUUCUGAGAGGGCUGGAUUUACGUUGCUUGCUGGACAUUUGCCGAACUGUGUUUUCACACCAGAUUAUUUGGCAACAGUAAUUAGUAAUUUCCUGAAAUUGAUCGAGACUACGCUGGCCACCUCAGUCUAUGCGGCAGCACGGGUUAAUGCUCUCAAUUCUUUAACGUACCUGUUUACGUUGAAAUGUGAAUCAAAAGACCCUUGCGUUGAACAAAUGCUUCAAACCAUUUUUGACGCAAUAUAUUUCGGAAUGCAAGAUUACAGCGUCAAUGAACGUGGAAAUAUAGGAGCUAAAACUCGAGAAGCUGCAAUGCUCAAUUUCGCAUCUUGCUUAGUCGCAGUUGCGAAAAGUGACUGCCAGCAAUUCCUUCCGAGUGAAAAGAUCAACAAAUGUUUGUGCCUUGUAAUGACCCAAAUAUCGUCCCGAAUUGAUUCGGUCAGAGAGCAAUGCCUCUCUUGCUUGACAGUUCUGUACAGUCACAAAUUAUUGCUCCACUUCAAAGAAGGCUCGAAGUUGGAAGAAAUUGUUGGAGAGUUUGCUUCUUUGCCUGAAGAAGAGCGAGAAAACUACUGCUCGAUCAAAAUGCUACGAUUCGUAUACCCCAUGUUGCAUUUAAACACUUAUACGUACCAUAUCCUAAUUGGUCUUACUUCGUGCAUAGGAGGUCUGACUGAAAGUUUUUGUCGUGAAACGCUUGCUGCUUUUAACUCUUAUGCUCAAAUGAUUUCAAAUGAUCCCGAAAAGUGUUCCCUGUUCCUGAACGCGUAUCUGCAGGUGUUUGAAGAUAAUCGUGGCAACGAUCGAAUCAUAACCCCUUUCUUGGAAGGAACUGCAUUGCUGCUUCAGUCCGGAAUCUUCGACGCCGUGCACGCGGAAGAUUCUGAUUUCGGCGAAAGGCUAGUGUCGUAUCUCGACGCUGAGACGAGAAACUGUCCUGCUUACUACAAACUAGUGUUCCUAGUGAACCUCUUUUCAGCACUGUUGCUGUCUUCGAACUCAAAAAUUCAUAGAACUUGCCUGAAAAAACUUUUAGUGUUUUUGGGACACCAAUAUCCGAGACUGCGAAAACAUGCGGCCAGUCAGUUGUUCGAAAACAUUCUGAUUUGUCCAGAACUGACUAUGGAAUUAUCUGAUGAGGACCAGGAGAGAAUUCAGACCUUACUCUCGGAUUUCGAAUGGGGGAGCGAAGACACGAAAAAAGCGAGGGAAACGAGAAAUGAAAUCAGUGUCUUGUUGGGAUUACCCGUUCCCACACCAAUAGCGAAGAAGACAAACGCAGCAGCUACAGCUGCUACAAGUAACGCAACAGCUUGAUUUUGUGAAAAAUAGAAUGGCGUCUUUAAGUGUACUAGCUUCUAGCAUUGGAGCGGAUCUAGGAUUUUAAAGAAAUUGUCGAAAAUUUUUCUUACCUUUUUUUAGGUUGACCAAAUUGAUUUUCCGAACUCUCUUAAAACACUAAGAAGACCGUUUUGGCCAAAUUUUCUACACCGUAGGCAGAAUUUUGAAAAAAAUAGGCCAAAAAAGGCGU